AAGAUGGAGAAUGGCAACAAUGUGGAGUUCAGAGCAAAUUGUUGCAGAUUAUGGCGAUCUGCAGGCAAAGUCUAUGGCUGUCGACUGUUUAGGAAAAUUGACAGUGAUAGCUGGUGGAAAGGCACACUUUUGUAUCACAGCUUUAAGUGGAAGUGAACCACUGGCCAGGCAUCCACGACAGAGCAAGUGGGAGAAAUGGGAUAUAAAUUGUGUCCAGUGGAAUCCUCAUCCCUCACAUGCCCACAACUUUGUUACAGCUUGCCAUGAGCGACUAGACCUGUUUGCUUGGAAGGAUGGUGUCUGUACAAACCAGUGUAUGAUGAAGGGUCACUCCAGGACAGUCAGUGACAUUGACUGGUCCCCGUUUGAUGUGAAUGUAAUAGCUUCCUGUUCUGUUGAUACCUUCACACAUCUUUGGGAUGUACGAGAACCUAGAAAACCGCAGUCAUCUUUUCAGACAGUUGCUGGGGCCUCACAAGUUAUGUGGAAUAAAAUCCAGACCAAUCAGUUUGCCACAACACAUGAAGGUGAUGUUCGUCUCUGGGACCCACGGAAAGGGAACUCUCCGCUGACUUACAUAGCAGCUCACUUGUCGAAGAUCCAUGGUCUUGACUGGAGUCCACACAAUGAAAAUUGUCUGGCCACUGCAAGCCAGGAUGGCUCUGUCAAGUUCUGGGAUGUUACCAAUUUCCGACAGGCUAAAGGUUCCAUGUCUGCCGGAUGUCCAGUGUGGAGAGCACGGUACACGCCAUUCGGCCAUGGGUUAGUCAGUGUAGCUGUGCCACAGAUUAGAAGGGGAGACAAUUCUCUGUAUCUUUGGACCAUUGAAGACAAUGUCCAACUUGUACACCAGUUCAUGGGCCAUCGGGAUGCAAUUUUGGAAUUCCAAUGGCGGAAGCAGACAGAAGAGGAUCGUGACUUUCAGCUAGUCACUUGGGCCCGGGACCAAACCCUUCGUGUAUGGAAGGUAGACCUACAACAUCAGAAGUUGUGUGGUCAUGAUGUUGGAGACUUGCCAGACGGUGAAGACCUAGGUGCUCUAUCCCUGGUCAGUAGUACAAAUAGCUAUGAGGUUGAAGAGGGAGAAGGAGGGGAGACAACUCGUCAACCAUCAGGCAGCCCAGACAGUAUCACAGCACAGCAGCCACGUACUCUAAAACAAGAGUUUUCAUUGGUUAAUGUUGAGAUACCAAAUAUUGUUGUUGAAGAGUUGAACCCUACCACCCGGACAUGUAUAGUGUUAGCAAUAGCCAACAACCAUAAUGUACGUCUGAAGCUCGUGUUCCCGGACAACUACCCCAACAACGACAUGCCUAGUCUGGAUAUCCUAUUCGCCACCAUCAAAAACAAAGUACAACAGCGCCUUCAUCUGGGCCUGACAGAUAUCUGUCUGAAGCAUGUUACCAGGAACACUAACUGUCUGGAGCCGGUCCUCAGACAGCUGGCCACCUCCCUCGAGAAACUUACGGUUGAUGACAGAAGAACUCCAGAAUCAGAAACACCCAUGCAUCUGCCAUUUGCUCACAAACCAACAAAACAGCUCCAUGGCCACAACAAGUUUCCACCCCACUAUAGUCCAUAUCAUUACAUGUCGGAUCACAACAUUCCAUUUCCCCGCACCAGUGGGGCACGCUUCUGUGCAGCAGGAUAUCUUGUUGUAUUUGGGAGAGCCAGGGAAGCUAAGAAAGCAAGGACAGGAGCAGACCACACCCCAAAGGCUUUAUCAGAGCUAACACAAUACAGUUCCCGAGCAAAAAUUUGGAGCACUCAUGCUGCCCCGACCCCGUACCAACAGUACUCAUUUGCUCGCAGUCCUCCUACUACUUCUGAUCCCUUCACUAUCAAGUCCUAUUAUUAUAAAGAACAGAAGAAGAAGAACAGCUUGAGAAUGAAAUCUAAGGUGGACAAGAGUGAAGAUAUAGACAAACAGAAAGGUCCUAAUUUAGCCCCGGUGAAGGUCUAUGAUAGCAGUUAUCUGUUACCUAUCAGUAAAACUCUCGGCACAAAUUACAGGAUAGACUUGGAUGACAUACCAGGAAUGUGUCAACACAAUGCUUCUCAGGCAGCUAGUGUCGGGAGGAAAGAUCUAGUACAGCUAUGGAAUCUGGUGACACUGAUGUCAGACAAACGGUUGGCUCCAUCUUCAGACCCAGAUGAUGGUAGUCCCUGGGGAAGACACCCAUUUGCAAGACAGCUACUGAAACACAUGAUGGACUUCUACAGUGGGUUACAUGAUGUACAAACUCUAGCCAUGUUGUGCUGCGUGUUCUGGAAUAAACAGGAAAUACAGCGACCACUGCACCAGUCGUCAUCUGUGGAAUACAUCCCACCAACUGUGCGCUACAGUCUACCACAAAUAUUUGACAAGGGAGGGGCUCAGUAUAGUCCCUAUCACACGGUGUCCUCCUCCUCCAGCCUCUUGAAGGGGUGGUCAACCUAUCAGCUCGCUGAGCGAACCGCACACACUGGUCCCCUUCCCACCUCCUCCUCCACAGCGUCCCUAGCCGAAGUCGCCUCACAUCCGAAUCUCCCCGCCUUCCAACAAACAGCCGUCCAGAAAAUGCGGAGGUCCAACAGCUGGUCAUUUGAUAUUGAUUCCAUGGAUGACUACAAGUUUGAAGACAGCAAAGACACUAAACAGAAGGAGGCGGAAAAGGAACAGAUUCAACAUGAGAGUAACAGCAGGAUGAUGGACCCUGCUGCCCAGCAACAGUAUGACCAGUACUUACAUGCUUAUGCCAAUAUCUUGUAUCAAUGGGGACGUGGCAACCAGGCAACUCAUGUACUAAAGUUUGUUUCCACCCCUCCAGAGCAACACAAAGGGAUAGAAUUUGGACUGAACUGCCAUCGCUGCAGGAAAGAAGUGAGAGGGCCUCAGUGUGGACACUGUAAAGUGCUUGCCUUUAACUGUGUCAUUUGUCACAUCGGGGUCAGAGGUGCCUCCAAUUUCUGUUUAACGUGUGGACAUGGUGGUCACACAAACCACAUCGUACACUGGUUCCAAACCCACGAUGAAUGUCCUUCUGGCUGUGGCUGUAAAUGUAUCAGGGGCAAAACGUACAUCACAAUGUCCUCCUACAACUCCUGAGGAGUAAGCUAGAAUAUCCACACUUCUGAAAGGACAAAGUCUGAACUCCAUCUGCUGACUGGACAUAGAGACUUAUCCACACUUCUGAAAGGACAACGUCUGAUCUCAAUCUGACUGGACAUAGAGACCUGCUACAACUCCUGAGGGGAAUACCACCAUCUACAAUUCUAUAUGGACAUAGUCUGAUCUUAAUCUCAGGUGGGGAAAUAGAGACGAUUACAACUCCUGAGAGGUACACCACCACUGUCUGAUCUUGAUCUCCAAAGGGGAGGGAAAGACUGGUUUCAACAGUAGACAUGUAUGUGUCUCAUGAUGGAAGAAAAUCUUUAAUAAAUCUCCUUUAUCAGCAACUUGUAUGUUUCUCAUGAUUGGAGGAAUAGGCCCACUUCGACUGCUUGAAAAGUGACAACAUGCAUGAACUGAGAAAAGGAACAGGCCAGUGGCUGGUAGAACUUAGCUGUGCAUUCUGAGAUACAGUUAACCGAUAACAGUCCCUCUACAGGUCUGGAGGGUCUGAUAUCCACAGAUUUAUGCUUCCCAAUAGUUGGUCAGAUUAAAUCACUAAUUCUGAAGAACUAGGCAGCUGUAGCUGGUGAGUGUUUAACAGUAAAGAAUUAAUAUUCUAGUCUAUAGCAAUCACUGGAGAAACUCAUGCAGCUGGUCGGAAGUGAUUUUACAGGAAAGAAUAUGUUACAGACAGAAUGGGGUUAGUUUCAGAAAUAUAAAUUGUCAGACAAUCUUGCAUCCUUUUAUAGAUCAUGUUUCCUUGGACAAGGAAGAGCCAGUCGCACGUUGAGACAGAAUCUUUAUAGACAAGGGAGUUUGUCUCUAGUUACAUAAUAAAUCAAGCCACUGUCUGUAUAAUAUGAAGGUUGUUAUGGACAGGCAAGAAUCUGGUGCUUAAAGAAAUGGAGACUGUGAAUGAAGAAUUUAUCAUAGAGUUUUUUGUUAACACAAGGGUUUUGUGGAAAAAAGAGAACAAUUCCUUUGAAGGAUAAGAUACUUUUGAUAUUGAAAAGGAUUCUUAUGGUGUUUUUAAAUAUGUAUAUAAAUAUAUAAAUAAUGUAUGUGGAAGUUGUGUUAAUCGUGAUGACAGAUAUAUCAAAGAACAAGAAGACAGACAUUGUUAAGGGCGAGUGUGUAUUGAAUAUUUCAGUAACAAACAUGUUAUCUGUUAUUAAAUGUUUGAAUGAUAGAUUGUGAAUAUGACUGUUAUAUGACUGGUAUCUGUACAGAGUGUAUGUUACAGAAGUCAGUAUCUCCAGAUCAUGUUCGAGGUUUUUUUUUUCUUAAUUCAUUAAUGAAAGUUGAAGUUACAUGGAUGUUUGUGAAUAUUUAUGAAUAAUUGUCUCCAGAUAAAUGAAAAAUUUUUUUAGUGCAUAUUUGACAGGUGAAGUUUUAUGUUUGUUCAGAUAUUUGUUUUAUAAAAUUUGCCAAAAGUAAAUUCUAAGUUAUAAGAUUUAAAUGUAGCAAAUAAUGUAAAUGUUUUUACAUAAUUUAAUAUAAUGAAUGAAUGAAAGAAAUUAAUAGUUCAGAAAACUUGCCACUAUUAAACAACACUUAAAUCAUG